CAAACCUGCUACCCAUAUCAUUUUUUCUUCUUCUCUUCUCCUUUUCACAUGUGGCUGCCUUUUACCACUUCACACCUACCUCGAGGAUUACUUCUGCUUUAAGCAGAAUAUAAUUUGUCAUUUAUCUGUAAACCAACUACGUUUCAAAGAAUAGUAUUACGUGCUGAAUGAACUCUGCUGCAAAUUCGGGAACGGAAACUCCACUUUCAUCAGCCAAUGGCUCUGAAACGGGGAGUGGAAUUCUUGGAGUUCCUGUAGGAAUUAUUCUUCCUCCUCCUGAAAUACGAGACAUUAUUGAAAAAUCAGCUGCGUAUGUCGCGAGAAAUGGCAGCGCGUUCGAAGAAAAAAUUCGUCAGAACGAACGAUCCAACCCAAAAUUUGCUUUCCUCGAUCAUCAGGAUCCUUACUUUCGAUACUACCAGCACCGGCUUGACGAAGUAAGAAAGGGAAACGUCCAAAAGUCUAUCAAGACUGCUUCAACUACUGGAACAAACCUUGCGCGACCCAUUGUAAAACCCGUUUCAGCAGCACCACCCGCUCCAGCACCAUAUCUGUUUUCUGACCCUCUUCCAUCCAUCUCUGCUCAAGAUCUGGACGUUCUAAAACUAACCGCACGGUAUGCUGCCGUCCGCGGAACUUCAUUUUUGUCUACCAUUUCACAGCGUGAGUGGAGAAAUAAUCAAUUCGAUUUCCUGCGGCCGAACCAUGCAUUAUACGGUUAUUUCACUCGGCUUGUACAACAAUAUACAAAUCUGAUUACCAGGAAUGUUCCCUCGGAAAAAAUUCUCCAGCGCAAUGUUGAAGACCGCUGGAGCUUAUUGACACGGUUACAACCUCGAAUUCGCUGGCAGGAAUACCAGGAAACUGAGAAACGCAAAAAGAAGGAAAAAGAAGAGAGGGAAAAGAUUGAAUAUGCCCAGAUUGACUGGAACGAUUUCGUUGUGGUUGAGGUAAUUGAAUUUAGUCAAGCCGAUCAAACAGCUCCCCUCGCUCUUCCGACGAACUUGUCUGAUCUUCAGACAGCAACUCUCGAACAGAAAUCUGCAAUGUUUACUAUGCCUGAUCAAAACUAUACAAUUGAAGAAGCACCACCCACUGCAGCUCCUUGGGAACCCGUUUCUGCACCUAAAAAAGCACAGGUCGGUGUUCAAUUACCGGCAGAGUACAUGAAAUCGACUACUCCUUCUCAAACAGAGCAGCGAUCUGUUCCCCAACAACACAUUCCUUCUGUGACAGUGGCUCCUACUUCAGCGCCGCAAGCACCACGACAUUUACCGAGAGCUUUCCAACGUGCUGUUCCUAUGGAGAAAUGUCCUAUAUGUGGAGACAUGGUUCCCGCUACGGAAUUACAAGAGCACAUCCGUAUCCAAUUACUUGAUCCCCAUUGGCGUGAGCAGCGGAAGGUUGCAGAGUCACGUAAAUCAACUCUGGACUUAAGCAAGGUAGAUGUUGCAGCCAACAUGAAACGUCUUGUGAGUCAACGUACUGACAUAUUUGAUGUACAUAAUGGUGUUCAAGUGUCGGAAGAGGAACGUGAACGGAGGAAACGUGCCGCUACCCAAAGCUCCUGGGGUGCUCCAUCCGAUAAAAGGCGUUGACUCGUUUUACCCAAAAGCGGCUUACUCUUAGACUAAAAAAGGAAUUCACAUAUAGAGCAAUUCGUUUGCUUGAGUAAAUUAAUGAGCUUAGUAUGUGAUAUCCACCUCCCUUUGAUGACAUACAUUUAGUUAUUACUCGGUUUUGACAUGGCCGAGCGCAUUUCUCUCAUUUUAAUUUUUCCAAUAAACUGUCUUAGAAUUUUCUUGAUUAUAUUCUGUGAUGAAACAAUUAGU